AUGUUCAAGCUCAUCAAGGCACCGACCAUGGAGCAAUUCGGCCCGUACCUCGGCGAGCUGGGGUUCCAAGUCACGGACGACAACCAGAUCCGCGGCAUCCACGACAACAAGUUCUUCGACUACUUCUACAGCGAGAGCGACGAUCUCAACAACCGUCGCAAGGAAACCGUCCACGAGGCCGUGCGCGAGAUCAUCGCGAGCACCCUCGCGAAGUACGACAUCGUCCCGGUCCACGUCGUCGGCACGCAGACGUACAUGAACAAGCCAGAGGCGCCGCAUGUGACGCUUCUGGCGACUGCAAUCGGUAAGUUGGCGGAGAAGAAGGAUGUCAUCGUCGUGAUUGGCGAGGCGGGCGGCGGCAGCAGUGGGCAGGAUGCGGGCAUUUGGGCGUACCGUAGCUUGAUGCGUGAGGGAGGUUUGGAAAAGGGCAGUGCGGUGGGACUGACGGAGAUGUUGCGCAAGAUGGGCAAAGAGUUGAAGGUGGAGGGUGAUGAGGAGGGCAAGAAGGCUGAGGCGGGCGUGGUGAUUCUGAACCCGGGAGCGCUGCUCUACUCGCACAAGGAGAAGAAGGCGAUGACGCAGACGAGUUGGAUGGGGCGCCAGAAGAAGGACUCGCUGACUGCGGGAUAUGAGGUGGAUGAGAAGUGGAAUAAGGUGGCGAUGCACACCACCGCGACCGAGCACAUCAAGACUGUCCUCGCGCACGUCCUGCCAAAGCACCUCAACAAGAAGGCUCGUGUCCACAUCUUGUGCGUCGGCGAGAGUGCCAAGGACACCAUCGACUAUCUCGACGACCUGUUCACCAAGAACCCAGACGACAAGGAUCUCGCCGCGAAGCUGCAGUCCAUCGUCCUCAUCGAGCCGAUCCACAAGCAUGAGGAACUCCAGUCCGCCAAGUUCAAGUACUUCCUUCGCAAGCGUGGCAUCGCCUUCGUUGAGUCUGAGACGGUCCCCGUCAGCGGACUCGUCGCCACGCCGGACAAGACAGAAGAGAGGAAGAUGGGCGACAGCUGGGUCAAGGUCGACAACAACGCCUCCGACAGCAACAACGAAGCCGCCAUCCAAGACCGCAUCGACUCCAUCGUCGCUAAGACCACCGACCUCGAUCCGGCGGACGACAACGACGCCCCACCGGCCCCAGUCUCCACCCACACCUACAGCGCCAGUGACCUCGACCACACGACCGAGCUCAUCGUCCCGGAGAUCCUCAACCGCGCCCUCGGCUACAUCUCCCGCCACAUGUCCUCCCGCGAAGACUUCCUCAACAACGACGCAGACGGCAAGGUCGACGAGGUCAUCGACAAGCUCUCUGAGGAUUUCGACAAGACCCAGCGUCUGUACCCGGACAUCAUGAACCCGAUCAUUCAGGCGGCUCGCGAUGAGUAUGAGGAGGAGGGCAAAGAGGACUGGGCGAUGAGUCUCAUGCUGGAUAUGGAGAGUUUGCAGCGCAGCCCGGAGAAGCAGUAG